GUGCCUGCUCCUCCUUCCUCUUCUCCUCCACACGCCAUAGAGCCCAGGAGCUCCGAGCCGUACAGAGGAGUCCAGAGAGGAGCGCUGUGAAGGCGGGAGGGAGACCAUCCUCUGCUUUCCCAGGAAGACUUCCUUUAUUUCUUGUAAAGAAUGAAGUCGUAUCACUUUCCCAUCCCCGCAUUAGCCAUUGCCUUGUGUUUUUUUUGGAUUUUGCCAGUACAGUGCUGCAAUAAAGCCCUCUGCGCAAGUGAUGUCAGCAAAUGCUUAAUUCAGGAGCUGUGCCAGUGUCGCCCUACAGAUGGCAACUGCUCUUGCUGUAAGGAAUGUAUGCUGUGUCUGGGCACACUCUGGGAUGAGUGCUGUGACUGUGUAGGAAUGUGCAAUCCCAGAAAUUACAGUGACACUCCACCAACCUCCAAGAGCACGGUUGAGGAACUUCAUGAUCCCAUCCCAUCUCUAUUUCGGGCACUAACAGAGGUGGAUGGCAUAAAGCAACUUAACUGGAACAUUGUUUCUUUCCCUGCGGUAGAAGAACUUUCUCAUCAUGAAAACCUGGUCUCCUUUCUGGAUUCAGUGAAUCAGCCACAACACCAGAAUGUAUCAGUGCCUCAAAAUGGGGCCCAUGUGGUUCACAGCAACGAUAAAGAGCACAUGUGCACAGUGGUAUAUUUUGAUGACUGCAUGUCCAUCCACCAGUGCAAGAAUUCCUGCACGUCUAUGGGAGCAUCGAAAUACCGAUGGUUUCACAAUGCGUGCUGUGAGUGUGUCGGCCCAGAGUGUAUUGACUAUGGAAGCAAAUCAGUGAAGUGUAUGAACUGCAUGGUUUGAAGACCUGAUCUUUCUCCACCAGCGUUUCCUGCCUACUGUAUAAACCUCCUUCCCUUUCAUUGAGAUGAGAUCUACAAUGAAGAAAAAACUGUCUCACCACUGUCUACCCGGACAGUUAAACCUUGAGGGACAUCAGCUACUACGUAGAGGAAUACAUAUGCGACAUUGAGUAGAAUAUUUUUUUUUUUAAUACUUUUUAUGUGAAGAUUUUAGAUGCUCAUUUCACAUUCACAGAAUGUAUUUUUAUAUGCAAUGUCAAAUUUAAGUUUUUAUUAUAUAGUUUUUAUAUCUAUGCAGUUUUUUAACAAUGUUUUUAAGUUGACUUAUCAGCUGUCAGACCUAUGCACCAAGCUACUAGUUUUUAUUAUGGCUAGAGGGUAAUGGGGACAAGUGUUGGUAGAACUAUAAUUAUUGCUGUUUUGUGAAUUUAGAGUGGGAACUCCUCCUUGCUGUUUCAGCUACUAAUGCUGCGUACACACGGUCGUUUUUUGUCUUGUAAAAAAACGUUGUUUUUUU